CUUCCCGCGCGGGGCGGACGGUGGCCGCCGGGGGUCAGCGCCCGCGUGUCGCGCUCGGGCCCCGCCGGUGCUUCCCCCCCCCCCCCUUCCCCCGUUAACCUCCCCCCCCCCAUCCCCGGUGUGUCCGGGAUCCCCUUUCCCCCCACCUUCCACGUGCACCGGGACCCCCCCUUUCCCUUCUCCAAGCCCGGACAGGCUGUGUGCCCCCCCCCGAGGCCAUGGACUGGCAGCCGGAUGAGCAGGGCCUGCAGCAGGUCCUGCAGCUGCUCAAGGACUCGCAGUCACCCAACACGGCCACGCAGCGCGUCGUGCAGGAUAAACUGAAGCAGCUGAACCAAUUCCCCGACUUCAACAACUACUUGAUCUUCGUCCUCACGCGCCUCAAGUCUGAAGAUGAGCCAACACGGUCUCUGAGCGGCCUCAUCCUGAAGAACAACGUUAAAGCCCAUUUCCAGAGCUUCCCGCAGCCUGUGGCUGAGUUCAUCAAGCAGGAAUGUCUCAACAACAUCGGCGAUGCCUCCUCCCUCAUCCGGGCUACUAUUGGCAUCCUCAUCACCACCAUCGCUUCCAAGGGGGAGCUGCAGAUGUGGCCGGAGCUUCUCCCUCAGCUCUGCAACCUCCUCAACUCCGAGGACUACAACACGUGUGAGGGAGCGUUUGGGGCCCUGCAGAAGAUCUGUGAGGACUCCUCCGAGCUCCUGGAUAGCGACGCGCUCAACCGGCCCCUCAACGUCAUGAUCCCCAAGUUCCUUCAGUUCUUCAAGCACUGCAGCCCCAAGAUCAGGUCCCACGCCAUCGCCUGCGUCAACCAGUUCAUCAUGGACCGGGCUCAGGCGCUGAUGGAGAACAUCGACACCUUCAUCGAGCACCUCUUUGCUUUGGCUGUGGAUGAGGACCCCGAGGUGCGGAAGAAUGUGUGCCGCGCGCUGGUGAUGCUGCUGGAGGUGCGCAUCGACCGCCUCAUCCCCCACAUGCACAGCAUCAUCCAGUACAUGCUGCAGCGGACACAGGACAGCGACGAGAACGUGGCCCUGGAGGCCUGUGAGUUCUGGUUGACGUUGGCCGAGCAGCCCAUCUGCAAGGAGGUGCUGACCUCCCAUCUGGUGCAGCUUAUCCCCAUCCUGGUGAAUGGCAUGAAGUACUCGGAGAUCGACAUCAUCCUGCUCAAGGGUGACGUGGAGGAGGACGAGGCCAUUCCCGACAGCGAGCAGGACAUCAAGCCCCGCUUCCACAAGUCCCGCACGGUGACGCUGCAGCACGAGGAGGAGCGGGCGCAGGACCCCGAGGACGCAGAGGAUGAGGAUGACGAUGACACCCUCUCAGAUUGGAACCUGAGGAAGUGCUCGGCCGCCGCGCUGGAUGUCCUGGCCAACGUCUUCCGGGAAGAGCUGCUCCCGCAUCUGCUGCCGCUGCUCAAGGAGCUGCUCUUCCACCCCGAGUGGGUCAUCAAGGAGUCGGGCAUCCUGGUGCUGGGCGCCAUCGCUGAAGGCUGCAUGCAGGGCAUGGUGCCCUACCUGCCCGAGCUCAUCCCGCACCUCAUCCGGUGCCUGGCGGACAAGAAGGCGCUGGUGCGCUCCAUCGCCUGCUGGACGCUGAGCCGCUACGCGCACUGGGUGGUGAGCCAGCCCCCCGACAUGUACCUCAAGCCCCUCAUGACCGAGCUCCUCAAGCGCAUCCUCGACAGCAACAAGCGGGUGCAGGAGGCUGCCUGCAGCGCCUUCGCCACGCUGGAGGAGGAGGCGUGCACGGAGCUGGUGCCGUACCUCAGCUUCAUCCUGGACACGCUGGUCUUCGCCUUUGGCAAGUACCAGCACAAGAACCUGCUCAUCCUCUACGACGCCAUCGGGACGUUGGCUGACUCCGUGGGGCACCACCUCAACCAGCCGGAAUACAUCCAGAAGCUGAUGCCUCCACUCAUCCAGAAGUGGAAUGAGCUGAAGGAUGAAGACAAGGACCUUUUCCCGCUGCUGGAGUGCUUGUCCUCGGUGGCCACCGCGCUGCAGAGCGGCUUCCUGCCCUACUGCGAGCCCGUCUACCAGCGCUGCGUCACCCUGGUGCAGAAGACACUGGCUCAAGCCAUGAUGUACAACCAGCACCCGGAGCAGUAUGAAGCCCCUGAUAAGGAUUUCAUGAUCGUGGCCCUGGACCUGCUCAGUGGUUUGGCCGAAGGUCUCGGCUGCCACGUGGAGCAGUUGGUGGCUCGGAGCAACAUCAUGACGCUGCUUUUCCAGUGCAUGCAGGACACCAUGCCCGAGGUGCGGCAGAGCUCCUUUGCCCUCUUGGGUGACCUCACCAAGGCUUGUUUCGUGCACGUCAAGCCCUGCAUUGCUGAAUUCAUGCCCAUCCUGGGCACCAACCUCAACCCCGAGUUCAUCUCUGUGUGCAACAACGCGACCUGGGCCAUUGGGGAGAUCUGCAUGCAGAUGGGGGCAGAGAUGCAGCCGUACGUCCAGAUGGUGCUCAACAACCUGGUAGAGAUCAUCAACCGCCCCAACACCCCCAAAACCCUCCUGGAAAACACAGCCAUCACCAUCGGGCGCUUGGGCUUCGUGUGCCCGCAGGAGGUGGCCCCCAUGCUGCAGCAGUUCAUCCGGCCCUGGUGCACAUCCCUCCGGAACAUCCGGGACAACGAGGAGAAGGACUCGGCUUUCCGAGGCAUCUGUGUGAUGAUCGGGGUGAACCCGGGGGGGGUCGUGCAGGACUUCAUCUUCUUCUGCGAUGCUGUCGCCUCCUGGGUGAGCCCCAAAGACGACCUGCGGGACAUGUUCUAUAAGAUCCUUCAUGGCUUCAAGGACCAGGUUGGGGAGGAGAACUGGCAGCAGUUUUCGGAGCAGUUCCCACCUUUGCUCAAGGACCGGCUGGCGGCGUUCUAUGGGGUCUAGGCCAGGCCAAAGCACCGGAACCAGGUCGGGAAGCCGUCGGGACAGCGGCUGGGAGCGGGCGUGUCCCCCCCCACCGCACCCGGGGAGGGGUUUGGGGGGGCCCCGGCGCUGCACCCCAUCCCCUGGGGGGGUCCCCGCCAUUGCUUUCACCCCCGGGGCGGGGAGGGGGAAGGAAGGGAAGGGGGGGUUGGGGGUAGGGGGGGGUAGCCCUACAGAGGGGGGCACCCCAAAUCCCUUGGUGGGGGGGGGAGGGGAGAGCAAAAACCGGGGCGAAAGGGUCCAAAACCGGCGGUUCCCCCCCCCCUUUUUCCGUUGUAGGAUGUUCCCACCCCUCCCCCGCAUGGUGCCCCCCCCCGCCCCAUCCUCAUGCAUAGAACACGUAGAGCGGCCCCAGCCGGGGUUGGGGGGGGGGGGGGGAAGCGGGGGGCCGGGGGGGGGCCGGGCCGAGCCGCCGCCGUUGUGCUUCGUCGUGAGCGAGUCGGUGCCACGUUUCUUGUGGUUUCUUUCCCCGUUUUGUUCCGUUUUUUACCGUUUACAGGGCGGGAAUUGGGGGGCGGGGGGGGGGGGGGGGGCGAGGGUGUCCCGCAGGGACGGGGUGCGGGGGGGAGGGGGCCGUGUUUCCCCCCCCCCGUUUCCUGCUCGGUAAAGAGUCCGUUGUUG